AACACUACAAAAGCGCAAAAUUUUCCUUUCUUCCAUGACUUCCAUUCCUCAAUACUACUCUGAUUACAUCUUCCCUAGUGAAUUGUGCGAGUUUCCGAUCCCAACGGCAGGUGGCGCCAACGUGGGUGCUGCAAUUUGGAGUGAAGAAAGCUUAGUACCCUUCAUUCAAAAUGGAGCACUUGAUCAUAUGGUGCCACCGGAAUCUGACAUCAUGUCUUCAAUGCCACUGAUUUCAUUGCCGGAGCGAUUUGGUGUUUCGGACAUGGCUGUGCCCACAUUGCCAGAAUUCAGUAGGGGCUCAUUCGACAUUGUUGGAAGUCGAAGUUUUGAAGGCACAUACCAAUCUGAUCUAUGUGAGUUCGGGGAGGAAUGCAAUGGAACAGUUUAUUCAAAGUCUAGUGAUAAUUAUUGGGGAAUUCAAGGUAAGCCAACACCAGCAAUUGAAGAACCUACUGUGCAAAUUGGGAGGUAUUCAGUAGAAGAAAGAAAGGACAGAAUUCUCAAAUAUCUGAAGAAGAGAAACCGAAGGAACUUCAACAAAAGGAUCAAGUAUGCCUGUCGCAAGACCCUAGCCGACAAGAGGGUUCGAAUUCGUGGAAGAUUUGCCAGGAACAAUGGAUUGGCUGAAGAAGCAGGGACAACAAAGAAGAACACUAAUCCUCAUGUAGAGAGAGAAUUCUAUAAUGAUAUCCAGAUCAAACAUGAUGGGGAGGACUGGUUCCAAGAAGCUAUAGCCAGUCUAAUAUAUUAACCAUAUAUUUGCUGGGUGAUAUGAUUGGUGCUAUUGUAGUAUGAACAAUUAAAAUUUCCUUUAUCAAUGGUUAUUUUGGUUCUAAGCUUAGUUGCACAUAAAAUAAAUAUAUAAAAAAAGAAAAUAAGAAAAAACACAGGACUCUUUUAUUAUAUUGUACUGCAUGUUACAGUUUUAUUACUUAGA